AUGAUCGCCCACCGCCUCCGCCUCGCUGCCGUGCGCAGAGCGACGAGGUCCAAUGUCUUCUUCAGCCAGAACAUCCCGCGCAUGGUUCUCGCCUCCGCCAUGUCAACCUCACAGGCCCGGCUCAUAUCGACCCAGCAGCUCUCCCAAGAAGAAGGCCAGCAGGUCCUCGUCAACCAGCGCCUCAAUCGCCCCACCUGGUCCGGCGCCUCAGCCUGGACCCGCAUCACCGGCUGUGCGCUCUCCGGCGCCGCCUACGUCUAUUUCACCACAUACCUCGCCUCGCCUCUCCUAGGCCUCCACGUCGAGAGCGCCGCGCUGGCUUCCGGCUUCGCUGCCCUGCCCUUCGUCAUCAAGGGCGCCAUCAACGGCAUCAAGCACCUGGUGUACGACUUGGGUAUCGGGCUUGCCAAGGCCCAGAUCAAGCAGGGAGAGAUUGCUCUAUGGGUAUCAAGCUUCAUCGGUGGUGGUUACCUGGCUUUUGGCUUAUAG